AUGGCUGCUACUAGUAGAGUCUGUAAAGUGGGGAUCAUUGGAGCUGGUAUAAGCGGUAUAGCAGCUGCGAAACAACUUUCAGGUUACGAACCCGUAAUCUUUGAGGCGACGGAUUCAAUCGGGGGUGUCUGGAAGCAUUGUUCUUACAGAUCAACAAAACUUCAGACCCCUCGAUGUGAUUACGAGUUCUCGGACUUCCCUUGGCCUCAGAGAGAUAACUCCACUUUCCCUUCUUAUGUUGAGAUAUUGGAUUACUUGCAUUCCUAUGCUAACCACUUUGACGUACUCAAGUACGUUAACUUCAAUUCUAAGGUGGUGGAGAUCAGGUUUAUUGGUGGUCACCGGGAAACCACUACUUUUGGUCAUCAGGAACCCGGGGAGUAUGGUAGCUUGCUCACUGGUCGACCUGUUUGGGAGGUUGCUGUGCAGACGACCACAAACCAUUCCGAGAUCCUUCUUCAGUGGUAUUCUUUUGAGUUUCUGGUGAUAUGUACUGGGAAAUAUGGAGAUGUAGCAAUGAUGCCAAGAUUUCCUCACAACAAAGGCCCUGAAGUGUUCAAUGGAAAGGUGUUGCAUUCCCUGGAUUACUGCAAGCUUGACAAGGAAACCUCCACUGAACUAGUACAAGGGAAGAAGGUUGUUGUCAUUGGCUACAAGAAGUCUGCAAUUGACUUGGCUGUUGAGUGUGCAGAAGCUAACCGACUAGGACCAGAUGGGCAACCAUGCACUAUGGUGAUAAGGACACUUCAUUGGACGGUUCCUUCCUAUUGGGUUUGGGGGUUGCCCUUUUUCUUAUUCUAUUCCACCAGAUCUUCUCAGUUUCUACAUAAAAGGCCCAACCAAAGCUUGCUUAGGGCUCUCCUUUGCCUACUUCUAACUCCACUGAGGAAAGGGAUUUCAAAGUUCAUCGAAUCGUAUCUGGUGUGGAAACUUCCAUUGAUCAAGUAUGGGUUGAAGCCAGAUCACCCGUUCGAGGAGGACUACGCAUCAUGCCAGAUGGCAAUCUUGCCAGAUAACUUCUUUUCUUUGGCUGAUCAAGGAAUGAUCAAAUUCAAGAGGACAUCAUCAUCAUCACCGUCCAAUAAAUGGUGGUUUUGGAACGGAGGGAUCGAAUUCGAGGACGGCACCAAACUCGAUGCUGAUGUUGUGUUUCUUGCCACUGGUUUCGAUGGGAAGCAUAAACUGAGGGCUUUGUUACCUGAGCCGUUCCGUAGUUUGGUGGCAGACUCUUCUGGCAUCAUGCCUUUAUACAGGGGCACCAUCCACCCUCUGAUACCAAAUAUGGCCUUUGUUGGGUACAUUGAGAGUGUCUCGAAUUUGCACACGGCAGAGAUACGGUGCAAAUGGCUAGCUCGACUCGUUGAAGAUCGGUUCAAGCUCCCAAACGUCGAGAAAAUGCUGGACCAAACAACCAAAGAGAUGGAAAUAAUGAAGAAGACCACUAGGUUCUACAAGAGGCAUUGCAUUUCCACCUUCAGUAUCAACCACAGUGAUGAAAUAUGUGAAGAGAUGGGUUGGAAUUCAAUGAGGAAGAAGAAUUGGUUCUUGGAAGCCUUCAGUCCAUAUAACAGCCAAGACUAUGAAGAAGAAAAUUGAUCUAAACUCAUUACUAUCCUGACAUCACGUAU